GGGGCUUCCCGCGGCUCGUGCAUAACCAAACCGAUCUCUGUUUUCCUAAAAGUGUUUGACAGCUCGAGAUCGAUGUAAACAUAGACAUCAUGACACUUCGGGGACAGCAUUUCAACAUAGACGACUUUGACGCUGAAAAUUCGCCCGAAGUCGCCAGUGCGCCACCCAAGGUCUUCAAUCCAUUCGACUUUGUCGCGGACGUCCAGGAACGCAAGCCAACAGCCGCGCCUACGCCUCCGCAACCACCCGCCUUCAAGAACUCCCAAGGCGGAUUCCCUGCGCAUCGUAAACGAGACGUACAGUCCAGAUUCAAGAGGAAGAUACAGCAAGAUGCAGCUCCUGCUGCACCCCCGCCGCAACCUCGUAGUCACUCGAACGACCCGGGAAACGACGAUGAUGAUUUCAUGACUACCGAGAGGCGGCGCAUAGACGAGGAGAAUCGCCAAAGAAUCGCAGAAAUGUCGCCCGAGGAGAUUGAAGAAGAGCGAAGAGAGCUGCUUUCGUCGUUGGAUCCAUCUCUGAUUCAACGCCUACUGAGUCGCGCAACUAUCGAGGAGGGCGGAAGCAAUGAGGACUUCCCUGGACUGCAAGAGAAGAUCGCGGAGACAAAACAGGAAGUCAAAACUCAACCUGAUGUCGCGAAGCCUCGCAAAACCGUGAAGUUUGCUGAGGUGGAGGAUGAACCAGCCAGCGCAGAGACUGAGCACGAAGUGCUGGAAGAUACCAACGUGUCCACAAAACAACAUAAGCACGAUCAUUCUGGUCACGAGGCGGCAGCGGAAGUUGGCCUUCCAACAGACUCCACCAUCCACUUCCCGCGACCAAGUCAACCGCCGUCUCUAGACCCUUCCGACCCGAACUUUCUCGAAGACUUGCAUGAAAAGUACUUUCCAGAUCUGCCAGCCGAUCCCGAGAAGUUGGAAUGGAUGAUGUCUACACCAUCAGAUGCAUACUCGGUUUCUCAGACAUCUCUAGAUCCCAAAGACAUUAGAUUUGCUUUCACUGGCGCGUUGAUUCCUCCGAGUCUUGCAGCAGAGAUUCCUGUCACAAUGGGUCUGCACCACCAUGGUAAUGCCCCUGAUGCUGCAGGCUACACGAUACCUGAGCUGGCAAUGUUGGCUAGAUCCAGUGUACCUGCUCAGCGCUGCAUCGCCUUCCAGACUCUUGGACGCGUCCUAUACAGACUUGGCAAGGGUGAGUUUGGCGAUCCCGGUGAGGAAGGUCAAGGUACGGUCGGUGCUAAGGACACACUCGGUGAAUUGGCAAGAGGAUUGUGGUUUGAAGUAAAGAAGGAGAGUGUGCUUGAGAUAUGCUUGGCCGAGAGCGACGGUAGAGGCGCUGCAGGAGGUAGGCACAUGGGCGCAAAGUCCUACGCUACUGAGGCCGUCUGGCUCUGGCAGCAAGGUGGAGGACGUAGGUGGAAGGCAGAGUAAGACGCAUACAUUAUCAACGAAUUCACGAACCAUAAGUUAUCUGUACCAUCUGCGUUGAUC